ACCACCUUGCGGAUACGAGUCUUGACAUUCACUUUGAGCGAGCGAGCGGAGGAAUGGAGGAAGCCAUGGCGAUUCUGCGCGAUGCUUCGCCGUGGAGCCUGCUCGCCGGCGCCGCGGCCAUGGCAGCUCUGUGGUGGGCGGUCCGGAUGCUCGAGUGGGUCUGGUGGGGCCCGAGGCGCAUUGAACGGGCCCUGAGGGCGCAGGGCCUCGGGGGCACCCAGUACCGGCUCCUGAGAGGCGACAUCAAGGAGGAGCAGCGGCUCAUGAGAGCGGCCCUCUCCAAGCCCGUGCCAAUGGACCGGCCGCACGACAUAGUCCCGCGCGUUUCCCCUCUCCUCCACCGCGUCACGGAGCAGCACGGGAAGGUUUCAUUCACAUGGUUUGGGCCAUACCCAAGAAUCACAAUCAGUGAUCCUGAGCUGGUUCGGCAAGUUCUGGCAAAUAAAUUUGGCCACUUCGAUAAGACGAAGCUAGCCCGCCUUGCAAAGGUAUUUAUUGGCGGACUCGCAGUCCUUGACGGUGAAGAAUGGGCCAAGCACAGAAGGAUUAUGAAUCCAGCCUUUCAUGCAGAAAAGCUCAAGCGGAUGUUGCCAGCAUUCUCUGCAUCUUGCAGUGAACUAAUUGACAGAUGGGAGAAUUUAGUCACUGUUUCCGUUGGAGCAAUAGAGCUUGAUGUUUGGUCGGAGUUCCAGGAUUUAUCAGGGGAAGUCAUUUCAAGAGCUGCAUUCGGUGUCACCAACGAAGAAGGCAGGCGGAUUUUCCAACUUCAAGCCGAGCAAGCAGAGCGCCUUGUCCAAUCUUUCCGGACUAAUUACAUCCCGGGCUUCUCUCUCUUGCCGACAGAAAACAACAGAAGGAUGAAGGCUAUAAAUACAGAGGUCAAAGCGAUUCUAAGGGGGAUAAUAGAGAAGAGGCAGAAGUACAUGAAGAAUGGAGGGACUGACAAGGACGAUCUGCUCGGCCUGCUACUAGAGUCAAACAUGGAUUACAGUGAUGCCGAUGGCAAAACAAACAAGGGGAUGACCGUGGAAGAUGUAAUUGAUGAAUGCAAGUUGUUCUACUUUGCGGGAAUGGAGACUACAGCCGUACUACUCUCAUGGACAGUGGUGUUACUAAGCAUGCACCCGGAGUGGCAGGAUCGUGCCAGGGAGGAGGUUCUACAAGUAUUUGGGAAGAACAAACCAGAUUUAAAUGGUCUUAGCCGCCUAAAAGUUGUUAUGAUGGUAUUCAACGAGGUCCUGCGUCUGUACCCACCGGUGAUGCUCAUUAACCGCCGAACAUACAAGAAGAUAGAGCUUGGAGGCGUCACAUACCCGCCGAAUGUGAUGCUUGCGCUGCAACUCAUGUUCAUCCACCGUGACCCUGCCAUCUGGGGGGAUGACGCCGGCGAGUUCAACCCGGGAAGGUUUGCCGAGGGCGUGUCCAAGGCAAGCAGGGACCCAGGGGCCUUCUUCGCCUUCAGCUCGGGGCCAAGGAACUGCAUUGGUCAGAACUUCGCGCUGCUUGAGGCUAAGGUGGCCAUCAGCAUGAUCCUGCAGCGGUUCUCUUUUGAGCUGUCGCCGACGUACAUGCAUGCGCCCUAUGCCGUCCUUACACUGCACCCGCAGCACGGUGUUCCGGUCAGGCUGCACCGGCUCUGAACCGGUGAUCAAAAUGUAUCUAGACCCGUCAUUUUGAUGUCGAAGAAAGUACUCCUCUGUAAAGAAAUAUAACAGCGUUUAGAUCACUAAAGUAGUGAUCUAAACGCUCUGAUAUUUCUUUAACGGAGGGAGCGCUGCAUUGUCUGCACGCAGCUGUCAGGAUAGUGUUUUCAGACAGUCCUUUAUUCCCCUGGGUUUUAGGACAUCUGGUUGAAUCCUGAAUCACAGCAUCAAUGCGUAUAUACUUUACUUCAGUUCAAAGUAUAAAACUUGUAGCUGGGUACAACUUGAAAAAUUACUGCAUGCUUGAUGCUCCUCACUGCCCAGAGAAUGUGUAGCAUCGUCAGAGCUUCUUUGGCUCAAUUUGAGCAUAGUGUAUUGUGCUGAAGAAUGUUUGCUAGAGCCAUCUUAGCUUCAAGCAAUGCAAAGUUCUGACCUAUGCAUGUGCGAGGACCCAUUCCAGAUGGAAAGAAGGUGGCCUGCUCCUUUUGUACUGGUUUUCAGAACAUUCUAGAAGGUUCAGUCAA